AGCGAAACGAUCUAAUUGCCCAGUGUUCUCCUCUCCCCUGGGAUGUGGAGGAAGAACUCAGAAAAUUCCUACAUGAACGGGAUGUCGAAGAGGCUGCUAAAGAGACUGAUGUCUCAUACGUAUCUACUACUAUAUCGCUACAGGCCGCGAUGGAGCUGCAGGAAAUAGAGGACCGACGAAAUGCCAAACAUUUCGGUUUUAAGCCACCUCCACCUCGUCGACCUCGCCGCUCUCUCCCUCACGAUCCUCCUCGCACUCGCCCUUCUAAACGAAGCCGGUCUAGUGAAAACCCUUGCAAAGGAACCCCAUUUGAAGGACUAGAGUGCGACCCAGAUGAUCUAUUUGCAGACAACUAUCUUAUUAAGAAGCGGUCUCGUGCAAAAGAGAAACCAAGGAGGAUCCUCAAGACAGAGUAUGGAACCUUUGAGCUAUUCGAUUCUGGCUUUUGGGUCCUGAAGGGCGUAGGACCUGAUUAUAAGUUGAAGUUGCCUCUUGCUGUCGGAUUAAGAGAAGAACUUGAACCCAUUAUGGAUUAUGAAGAUGAAGAUGAGUUAUACCCCGAGGACGCUGAUGCCUACCAAUUCCCGGAUACUCCAGAAGAAUCUGACUCCGCGGGUUCUCAGCUCGGGGGCGAACGGGAGAUGACGGAGCGUCUCGCCAGUAUGGGCCUGAUGGACGACCAUGUAGACCCUCCGUACGCUAGCAUGGAGGUUGAAAAUCAUGAGUCGAUAGUCGAUAAAGAGGAGGUGGUGGUAAUGACCGACGAUGACCUUCCGCAUGCCAGUCCGGACGUCGAGGAUCACGAGACGAGAGUCGAGAAAGGGAAAGGGAAAGAGAAGGAGAGAGUUGUGAUAGUGAUCGAUGAUGAUAACUCGGACGAGGACUAUGUCUCUAGGCAGAAUGUCUUGCGGAACUUUGGUGCAAGCUCCUCUAGCGCAGACCCCUUUAAUGUGGUCCCUGAAGGGGCAGUUGCACGCCGCAGUCAACGACCCGGCCCUAUGAAUCUACCUAGACGCAACAGUUCGCAGAGGGCUGGACAGGCUGCCAACCUAGACGACCUCUACCAGAGUCUGAGUCCGCAGAAUCCUACCGAGGCUGACUACGACAAGUACCAGAAAAUGGCCAGAUUGUACCCACACCUAUUCUGCGAUGAUCGUACCAAGCUACUUCCCAACGGUUAUAUCCCGUCGUCUCGGAUCAUCAGGUUUGACGGCCAACAAAUUGGCGUAGUGCAUUUCUUUCCUGACUUACUUCCGGUGAUCCCUGGAUAUGACAUGGCGACGACAAUCACAUAUGUCCUAUCAGGAGCUCAUGAUCGCACCGGACUGGAACCUUGGCCAUUUCUCUGGCGCAUUCAGAUCAAGUUCGACAGCAAGGUUAUCGGUACUGUAGAAUUUCGACAGAUGCCGGUCCCUCUCCCUCCCCCCGCGAACCUUGACGAGUCUAGUACGGAUCUACUGAAGAUUCAUUCCCCUCUUAGGCGCCCUAAUGCACCCCCGGUGGACAUACCCAACGCACCUCCUGUCGACGAACAAGUCAGCUGGGGGCCUAGUUCCAAUGUCUCUGUUGCUAAUGAACCUGCUGCGUCUUCCAACAGCGGGCCUUCUAGAUCUAUUGCCCCGAUGACUGCUCUGCCGGGACAUCUCUUCCAGCCUGAUGGCUUAACUAAGAUUGAAUAUUGCAAAACUGUUCGAGCGAUCGUUUAUGGAACUGUCAAGUACAACGAUCAGGUUGUCGGUGAUUUGGAAGCAUGCCCGGUGAUGUCUAUGCUUCUGAAACGCGUGAGAAUUUCGGAACGAUUCAACAAACUGUUCAAGAACGAUGGUCUCACGAAGGUGGACUACAAUCCAGCCACUAGAAAGCUGGAUGUGUUAUAUAACAAUGCCCUCUUCGGCCACAUUAAGAUUAAUCACCCGACUGGAGGCCUACCUCAGGGUCCGCCGCCGCCUUCUCCAGCAGCCCCGGCUGUCUAAGUAUGCGCUGUUAGUUAUCCUCGUUGCAUUCAUUACAGAACACCUUCGUCAACAAUAUCACGACUAUGAAUGGCCGACAACGAAAAAGUGAAGAUGGAGUAUCGACGCAGAUUGUGUUUACGUCCACCUGGGGAUGCUUCAAGGAACACGCAACGAACUUCGGAGUUCUUGCCCUCCCAGGCCUGCUGUAAGGAGAAAAAUCGUGUUGUGAGAUCAGAUAGAACCUCACGGGUGGUUUCGUUCGGAAGGAAACCAGAAAACCCGAAGAUUCGUUGCCGCCGAAUGCGAGGAAGAACCGCCAGAGAUUGCUAUGCUAUUAUUUCCCUUGCCGUUACGGCCACGGCCGAUUUGCAAGCCGGGAAGGCUAUGAGUUCAUGUUUCAUGUUUCAUGUUUUUGGGGAGAGAGAGAGAGAAGAGAAAAAAAUUACGAAAAUCCAGAUUGUCGCAACGUUCGUUAUUCAUUUGUUUCCUAGCCUAGGUUAGUCGUCUGUUUUUUUCAACUGUUAGGCACUUAAUCAAGCCGUAGGCUAUAGCAAAUAAACCCGAUGCCGCUUGUCUACUAUUAACUAGCCCCCCCAAUGCGUGCGUGCGUAUUUACCAGGUAACUGACUAUUAUAUGCCACAUACUGAAUUCUGGCUUUAAAUUUUC